GCUAAGUGCCACGGCCUUUGCGAAGAUGUGCAAUCUUAGAUUCAUCGAAGUAUGUAGAAUGUGGAACGAAGUGCUCCUUCCUAAGAACUUUGAAUUUUGUGCACAAGCACUAAGAUGUCUUUACUGGGAUUUUUAUCCUCUGGAAUCUUUGCCGUUAAAUUUUUGGCUAAAGAAUCUUGUAGAACUUCGUAUGCGUGGGAGCAAACUCAUACAACUGUGGAAUGGAGGAGAUAAGCCUCUUGGAAGUUUGAAAUUGAUGGACCUUAGCGACUCUUGUAACCUGAUCAGGAUUCCGGACUUGUCAAGUAUUGCCCCAAAUCUCGAGUUUUUAUAUUUAAAUGGCUGUAAGAGUUUGGUUGAAAUUCCCUCUCUUCAAAAUCUAAGUAAUCUUGUAGAACUUCGUAUGCGUGGGAGCAAACUCAUACAACUGUGGAAUGGAGGAGAUAAGGUACAGUUUAUAAAUUUUAGAUACAUUUUAUAGAAGUUAAUUUGUAUCUUCUAAUUUAUUGAUAUUUUUCUAUUUAAUUACAGCCUCUUGGAAAUUUGAAAUUAAUGGACCUCAACAACUCUGAUGACCUGAUCAGGAUUCUGAACCUGUCUAGUAUUGCCCCAAAUCUCGAGUUUUUAUAUUUGAAAGGAUGUAAGAGCUUGGUUGAAAUUCCCUCUCUUCAAAAUCUGAGCAAGCUUACUGAACUUCAUCUAAGUGGCUGCUGCAAAAUCAAAGAUUGUCCAGAGAUUCCGUGUAAUAUAAGGAUUCUAACUUUAAAUUACACUGGAAUAGAACAACUGCCCUCAUCAAUUAAGCAUCUGUCCCAACUUGUCACAUUGCCCUUGAACUUGUGUACAGAACUCGUGACUAUUCCAAGCAGCAUAGGCGAGUUGUAAUGUCUUGAAAAUUUAGUUCUCCAGAAUUGCUCAAAUUUAGCAAGUCUUCCUGAAAGCAUCAAACAACUUUCGAAGUUGAAACGGCUUAAUUUAAGAAGUUGCGAGAGACUUAAAAGUUUACCAGGGCUUCCAUCAUGCUUAGAAUUAUUAAAUGCAAAUGAUUGCCGCUCUCUGGAAUCUGCAUCAAUUUCUUUCAAUUUCUUAGAACAUGAUGAUGAAAAUGAAGAAGCAGAUAGAAGUGAACAUGAAAAUGAAGAAGCACAUAAAAGUGAAUCUGAAGAUUGCAAAUUUCUUGAUUUUAGUAAUUGCGUCAAAUUGAAUAAGAAAGUAAUGGAGGAUGUUUUUGAAGCGCACCUGUUGGGUCAGAAAGUUAAAUUAUUGAUGGCAGGAGGUGAAGUGCCAGAAAGGAUGAGGUAUAAGAAUAAAGGAUCCUCGCUUUCCUUCAAACUUGACCUUCGUCACGUAAUUGCCUUCUCUUUCUGCGUUGUUCUUCGUCCCAGAGGUGGUAUUCAUUUUCCUGGAUUUGAAGUGGAUUUCAUAUGUGAAUCUGGAAAUAGGCGGGAACGUAAUGCGUUCAACUUUUUUAGCGAUAAGGACGUUGCUUUUCGGAAAUGUUAUCAUGGAGGUCCGUAUCUUUCGGACUUAUCACACGUGUUGCUUUCAUUCAAUGGAUUGUGGACACGUUUUGAUGAAGAGUGUUUCGUUAAGGCCUCAUUUUGCUUCAACGCUAACUGUUUCGCGGAUCUGCAGGAAAUUAUGGAGUGUGGGGUCCAUCCUAUAUAUAGUAGAGAUAAAAGGAGAAGCAGAAAUGAAAAGCAUCAAGAUGACGAGGAAUGCCAAUCACUUCUUCAAAUAUUGGAAGACAAAUCGAAGAGAAGAAGAAUAAAUAAUGAGGAGGAAGCUUCUUCUUCUUCUUCACUCUAUCUAAAUCUCUCUCUAUCUCUUCCUGCUUCCUCUUAA